CCAACUCACACGAAGGCAAGGACUGGUAUCACUCGAAUAUGACACGAGUCCAGGCGGAGGAUAUGCUCAAACGGCUCCGAUAUGACGGCGCCUUUCUUGUCAGGCCUUCAGAAAAGGAAGAAAAUUCAUUCUCCAUUUCAUUUCGAGCCGAGAAUAAGAUAAAACACUGCCGUAUUAAACACGAGGGAAGACUUUAUAUCAUUGGUAACAUUCAAUACGAAAGUCUCGUCGAAUUAAUUAGCUUUUAUGAAAAACACCCGCUCUAUAGAAAAGUCAAACUAAAAUAUCCGACAAAUGAGGAAAUAGUGCGAAGAAUCGGUUCUGAACCGAUGGGCUCUGAAGGCAAUUAUAUGGACCACAAUCCCAACGCACAACCCGUGACUGUUAAAGCGCUGUACGAUUAUAAGGCCGAAAGAGGCGAUGAGCUAUCAUUCUGUAAGCACGCAAUCAUAACAAAUGUGAUAAGACUGGAGAGCGGCGGCGGCUGGUGGAGAGGCGACUACGGCGGCAAAAAGCAACACUGGUUUCCCGCAAACUUUGUCGAUGAGCCUGACAAGAAAGGCGCCGUCAUAUCGGAGCCGUUUGAGCAUAUCCUCCGCCUGGACUCGUGUCAUAUUCGAGUGAUACCAGUCCUUGCCUUCGUGUGA